GUGAUUCUAUUCAUAAAAAGUGUCCGUGUAACAACUAAAAAGUGUCCGUGUAUCAUCUAAAAAGUGUCCGUGUAACACCCGUUAAUGUACUGUUUUUCUAUAGCUCUGCAGUGGGCAAUGUCGUACAAUAACGUGUUGAAGUGACUUAAUAUGGCAUCAGAUUUCAAUGAUUAAAAUACGGCGAAAAACAUAGGUAUAAUUGUAAAAGUUCGAUUCCACUUUUAAUUCGAUAAUGGAUUAAUUUACAACCGUUUGGCUGUGUGGGAUUUACAAGUACGCAGCCACGUCUGGUUAUGAAAAGGUGCCAAAAGAACAAAAUGAACGCUUUUAUAUUUGCUGUUUUAAUGACACUGGUGUGUGUGAAUUUUGCAACAGGUGAUCUUACAGUCGUCAACUCUGUUUCCGGUCCUAUGAAAGGACUUAAGACACAGAAUAAACAAACAGGAAAGGAUGUAUAUGAAUUCCGUGGCAUUCCAUUUGGGAAACCCCCCAUAGGUCCAUUAAGAUUCAAAAAACCAGAACCGGCUGAUAAAUGGACGGAUACAUUGGAUGCAACAGAAUUUGGAGCUGCAUGUCCACAGUCCACCCCAGCAAUGAUGUUAGAUUUUAAGCCGUCUAAAAUGUCCGAGGACUGUUUAUUCUUGAACGUAUAUGUGCCAACCCAUGUUGACAAAAACAGAAAAUUGCCAGUUAUGGUGUGGAUAUAUGGUGGUGGUUUAGUUUUUGGCUUUUCCAACCAGUAUGAUGGAGGAUGGAUUGCCACGCAAGGAGAUGUGAUAGUAGUGACUAUAAAUUAUAGAUUGGAUAUAUUUGGUUUCUUUACAGUUGACCACCCAGCUUCCAAGGGAAACUAUGGUUUAUGGGACCAAAAGCUUGCACUACAAUGGGUACACGACAACAUUGCGUCAUUUGGAGGUGAUCCUGGGUCUGUUACAAUAUUUGGAGAAUCAGCCGGGGGUUGGAGUGUAUCUUUUCAAUCAUUGAUACCGCAGAAUAAAGGGCUUUUCCAGAGAGCAAUAGCACAAAGUGGUGUAGUCAAUGAGUUAACUAUGUUAACUAAGAAGCAAAUAAAUGAAAGGACCAUUGAUCUUGCAAAGAAAACCUCCUGUCCGAUCAACGACAUGUAUAAAUUUACGGACUGUCUUCGUGACAAAGAUAUAAGUGAGCUUUUGAAGGCCACCGAUAUGUUUAGUUUUAUGCCCGAAGACAGAAUAGAAGUUUUUCAACCGCAAUAUAUUCCAGUUGUAGACGGUGAAUUAUUUCAAGAUCACCCCCUGCGAAGUUUAAAGGAUAAAAAGUCGGAUGUUGCCCAAUUCUUCGGCUCUUUGGACUUAAUGGCAGGUUUUACAUCAAACGAAGGUCUUAUGAUGGCAUUGGGAAUACUCCCAAAAGUCCAAGAAAACUUUGAUUUCAAUACUACUGAAAGUAUCCCACUAAGAUUUAUUUGUAAGGGAAUGAUUGAUCCUUAUGCAGAAAAAUUUUACAAGAACGAUUCUGAUGUAAAAGAAAAACUUUGUAAAUUUUACACAACGGAGAACUCUCUUGAUGAACAGAGUAUGAGGGCAACUGAUUUUAUUGCUGAUUCCAUGUUUGGAUAUAACGUCAAAAGAAUGCUUGAUUAUCAUUCAUCUUUUGGAGGAAGGACAUACCAGUAUCUCUUUUCGAAAGAAAAACCCCUUAUGGGUUAUGCGCCGAAGUGGGGUAAAGGAUCUGGCCAUGGAGAAGAAUUACAGUUCAUGUUUGAUGCCAAAGUAUUAUUGCCGUCUUUAAAUAUUAGUUUAGAUACUCCAGAAGAACAACAUUUCGCUAAUGUGAUAAUUGGAUAUUGGACAUCCUUUGCCAGAAAAGGUGAACCUGAGGGAGCAGUCGAAUGGAAACCGUUUGACACAACGUCGAAGUAUUAUUUGGACCUGGAUACAGUCACAACACUGAAGAGUGAUUUAAGACCGGAAGUGAUGAAUUUUUGGUUGAAGGACAUGCCAUCAAUAGAAUUAGAUCCAGUUGAUGAUAUAAAUGUACACGACGAAUUAUAAUUUGUUUCCUUUUUUUUUCUUCUUUUUUAUAUCUAACGAGUUAACUAAGUCGUUUAAACGAGUUAGCUAAGUCGUUAAAACAAGUAAGCUAGGUUGUUAUAACGAGUUAGAUAAGCUUAGUCGUUAUAACAAGUUGAGAAAAAAGUUAAAUCAUUAGAUAUUCACGAAUACCUGAAUAUUGAUUUGUAUUCAUUCCAUUUUUUAAAGUGUUUUGUUUUCUCGUCAUAACAUUAGAUUUUUUUUUAAAGAUCUGCAUUUUUUAGAUCCACUUGUAAAGCCUGUCGUCAACUGCUUUUUGUUAUUUUGUAUUAAAAAUGUGUCAUUCAAACACUACUCUAUUGUCAUGACUCAUUAGAAAGGUAUUUCGCUUGACCUAUAUAUAUAUAUUUUUUGAUACUGUGAAUUUUUAAUGUUAUUAUAUCAAAAUGUAGCCUAAAUUUAUGGAAAUAAAAUUUGAACCGAGA